UAUCUGUGUGUGUGUGUGUGUGUGUGUGUGUGCGCGCGCAUAUCACAGAGAGGAGCAUUUCAUCCUCACACUCUUCCUACUGCUUCCCAACAGACUGAUCCACCUGCACAGCAACAGUUCCUGACACUGAACAACAAACAGGACCAAGCAGAAACAGAGCGAGAGCAAAGUAAGAGAAAUAAAGGGAGAGAGGGAGUGAAAUUCGUGGGAGGGGCAUCAAGGAAGGAACCCUAUGCUUUUAGCAAGAAAAUUACAGCUUGUCUUCAUUCACUGAAGAGUAAGAUGAGAGUGGAGAGGGAAACAAGAGCAGGGGACUGAACAAAGAAAGACAAGACUCAACGCUUAUUAGUUUGAACACGCGUGUGUUUGCGGUGACAACAUGGGAGCCGUAGUGGGCACACUGACUAUGCAGACAAGACAAAGACAACCAUCUAGAGAUAAGGUAGAUGAUGAAUUAGAGAUGACAAUGGUCUGCCAUCGGCCGGAGGGUCUCGAGCAGCUUGAGGCGCAGACAAACUUCACCAAGCAAGAGCUACAAGUCCUUUACAGAGGCUUCAAAAAUGAGUGUCCAAGUGGAGUAGUGAAUGAGGAGACAUUUAAACACAUUUAUGCACAGUUUUUUCCACAUGGAGAUGCCAGUACAUAUGCACAUUAUCUCUUCAAUGCGUUUGACACCAGAAAUAAUGGAUCCAUAAAGUUUGAGGACUUUGUAAUGGGACUAUCUACUCUACUGCGGGGAACGGUCAGAGAGAAACUGGAAUGGACAUUUUAUCUCUAUGACAUUAACAGAGAUGGAUUUAUCAAUAAGGAGGAAAUGACAGAGAUAGUGAGGGCCAUCUAUGACAUGAUGGGGAAGUACACGUAUCCGGCUUUAAAGGGGGAUGUACCAAAGCAGCAUGUGGAUGCCUUCUUUGAGAAAAUGGACAAAAACAAAGAUGGAGUUGUGACAUUGGAGGAGUUUGUGCUUGCCUGUCAGGAGGAUGAAAACAUGAUGAGAUCCAUGCAGCUCUUUGAAAAUGUGAUGUAGAGAAGCUCCACCAGAAGAAGAAAAGAACCAAACAGAGACUGGGAAACAGAACGCAAUAGGGAUUUUACAUUUAAAUAUAUAUUUGUUAUAUUUCGCUGAACUGAGUUCUGGGGGAAUGUGAUGGGAUGAGAGGAAUGAGAGUCUGUGGGAUUUGUUUUUCUCUCUCUCUAUUCAAACCUUGUAACAUAUUCAGUGUUGUUUCUCGCUGGUGUUUUGGGAAAUUGCCAGCCAAAAAUCCACUUUGUUCCAGCCACAGAAGACUACAUAUGUUUGAAAUGCACUGUGCAUUUCCUGACUAGCGGGUGCUGAUGAUCAACAUCCUUCCUCCCUACGAAAAAAAGGAAAACCACUCGCAAUUGUUUUUCAUUUGCUGGAACCUAGAGCUCAGGACUCUACAUUUGGUGUACUGGAAGUGCAUCCAGGAGGAACUACAGCCUCCUUUGCUUGCUUUCUUUGGCAGAAAUGCUUGCAUGAGAAAAAAAAACAGCAGAUGUGUUCCCAAUGAGUUGCUUGAAAAUAAUGCUGGCCUUCAAAUAUUUAAUUUUAUGAUUCAUUCAUGAAUGACAUGAGGUUUAGAGGAUUCUUAAUUUGAUGUUGAUUCUGUCUUGUGUUCUCAGUGUUGUUUGUUAGUAAUUGCUGUUUCAAGUCUGCCUAAUGUAUGUCUAUCUGUUUCAGUACUUACUAAGCUGUUUUUGCCCAACAGAUCAUAGUGAAUAAGGUGGGACAGAAGUUAAGUGUGUGUGUGUGUGUGUGUGUGUGUGUGUGUGUGUUUGUCUAAGUAUGGAAGUAAGUGAGGAGUAUUAAGGAAACUACAAAAAUCACAACUGUAUUCAAACCCAACAAAUGACAAUCUAGUCCCUGGAUACCCUUCUGUCCCCAGAUACAUCUGUGUAGUUUAAAGAAGGACAAGACAAUGUUUGUAAAAAGGGGAAAAAUCCAGAUAAACCACAUGAAAUAAAGAAAAACUAUAAUUAUAUAUGGGUCAGGGUCGUAGGACAUAUAAGCUAUGUAUAUACUUGUAAGUAUGGUGCCACAUGAAGAAAUGUCAGAUACAAACUGUGAAAAUGAAGUAUUCUGUGCAAUUCAAAUCUCAGUUAAAACCGAUUAAAAAAUAAUUGUGGAAUAGCA